UGGAACUCAUUGGGGUGGAAACUCCCUAGCAACAGCUGAUGGAUGGGUUAGGGCCUUGAUAUUGGCCUGGGGCCACAGCAUGACCCUGGAAGGACCAGGCUGGUGCUGGGGGGCUUGGAGGGGAAUUUAAGGGGAAAGAAUUAAGCUCAUAAAUCUUGGACCCUCUCAGUUUUCCUCCUCCUCCACCUUAAUCUCUUACCAAACCUGCCCCCCAGCUGCUCAUCCAAGGCCGGGGGUUAAGGGAGUCCACCUGCCCAUUCCCCUCUCCCUCCAACGGGUGCUCACCCACUUCUGAAAUUGCACACGUGCACCCCUGUGGGGAAGGAAGAGUGCAGCCACUGCAGUUGGGUAGGAUAAAGACCUGGUGUGUCCACCACUGGAUGUGACCUCUGACUCACAGUGGUAGAUAGGGCUUCGAGGCCUCCAUUUCCUCAACCUGGGGUUUGAAAUUCUCUCCUGGUACCUGUCUGCUCAUUCAGGAAGGAGCACAAAGACCAAGAGGGAUUGCGCAGCUGCAGGACACAUGGCCCUGUCUUCAGAAGCCCCAGUCUGAGAGAAGCACAGCCUUGGCCUUGGGAGCCCUCAAACCCAGAGAUGGGAGUUUGCCUGCUUGUCUGCCCAUCAGCCUGGACCCCAGAGCCUGCCCAGCUAAGUGCGUGCAGAGGGCCCUGGGUUCGGGGCAACUCUCAGGCUGCCGCGGAGACCACCCUGGAAUCACUGGUGAAGACUGGCCUGUCCUGCUGAGCUGGGCCUGUCUGCACAGCCUGCUCAGGCGCUGUCCACGCCCCGAGGCCUGGGCUCAGGCCGAAGUUGUUCCACGGCACCCCCAGCUGCCAGCCAGCAACUAGCAGAGCCCCCAAGCACGGGGGCCCUCUCUCUCCCAGAUAUCUCCAGUGUGACAGCCCAGGCGGCAGAGCCGAGGGUCCUGGUCCCGGCUUCUCGCACCCUCAUGUCAGCCCCGGCCCCGCCUGGUGGCCCUCGGAGGACAAGGUCAGGAUGCGUGUGAAGCCCCAGGGCCUGGUGGUGACUUCCAGUGCCGUGUGCAGCUCUCCUGACUACCUCCGGGAGCCCAACUUCUCCGAGAACCCACACCCACCCCCCCGCCGGGACCCUAGCACCCGGCGCCCACCAGUCCUUGCCAAGGGGGACAGUCUGCUGCCCCCUCGGGCAGCCCGUCCAGUCUCACAGGCCCACUGCCCCACACCUGCUGGAGACGGCAGCAGCUCCCAACGUCACUGGGACAACGGGCGGGUGAACCUGCGUCCAGUGGUGCAGCUGAUUGACAUCAUGAAGGACCUGACCCGGCUCUCCCAAGACCUGCAGCACAGCGGUGUGCACCUGGACUGCGGUGGUCUCCGGCUUAGCCGCCCGCCCGCCCCACCCCCUGGUGACCUUCAGUAUAGCUUCUUCUCCUCCCCCAGUCUGGCCAACAGCAUCCGCAGCCCAGAGGAGCGGCCUACCCCCCACGCCAAGUCUGAGCGGCCCAGUCACCCCCUCUAUGAGCCUGAGCCUGAGCCGAGAGACAGUCCUCAGCCCAGUCAAGGCCAUAGUCCCGGAGCCACGGCCGCGGCCACUGGCCUGCCCCCGGAACCUGAGCCAGACGGCCCUGAUUACUCAGAACUCGCUGAUGCCGACAUCCUUAAUGAGCUGGCCUCCCUUACUUGCCCCGAGGCCCAGCUGCUGGAGGCCCAGGCCCUUGAGCCCCCAUCGCCUGAGCCAGAGCCUCAGCUCCUGGACCCCCAGCCCCGCUUCCUGGACCCACAGGCACUAGAACCGCUUGGGGAAGCGUUGGAGCUGCCGCCCUUGCAACCUCUCGCUGAUCCUCUGGGGCUGCCAAGCCUGUCUCUGCAGGCCCUGGACACCCUGCCUGACUCCCUGGAGUCACAGCUGCUUGACCCUCAGGGACUUGACCCCCUGCCCAAAUUGCUUGACGUCCCCGGCCGUCGUCUGGAGCCCCAGCAGCCCCUAGGGCCCUGCCCACUGGCCGAGCCCUUGCACCUGGACUUAUGCUCACCCCAUGGUCCCCCUGGGGCUGAGGGACUCCCCAAGUACGCCUUGCGGCGCACUGAUAGGCCAAAGAUUCUGUGUCGCCGGCGGAAAGCUGGUCGGGGGCGCAAGGCAGACGCCGGACCUGAGGGCCGCCUGCUGCCCCUGCCUAUGCCCACAGGGAUGGCGGCCGCCCUGGCUGAGCCUCCACCACCACCGCCUCCACCACCUCCUGCCCUGCCAGGCCCAGGCCCAGAGCUGGAGCCGGAAUCUUCCCAGAACCCAAUGAUUCCUGCCCGCAAAAGCAAGUGCCGGGGCGUACGCCGCAUGGUGGUGAAGAUGGCCAAGAUCCCUGUGUCGCUGGGUCGGCGGAACAAGACCACAUACAAGGUGUCCUCUCUGAGCAGCAGCCUGAGCGUGGAGGGCAAAGAGCUGGGCCUGCGUGUGUCGGCAGAGCCCACCCCGCUGCUGAAGAUGAAGAACAAUGGACGGAACGUGGUGGUGGUCUUCCCACCCGGCGAGAUGCCCAUUAUCCUCAAACGUAAGCGCGGCCGCCCUCCUAAGAACCUCCUGCUGGGUCCCGGCAAGCCCAAGGAGCCAGCCGUGGUGGCGGCUGAGGCCGCCACUGUGGCAGCAGCCACCAUGGCCAUGCCGGAGGUGAAGAAACGGCGGCGGCGGAAGCAGAAGCUGGCAUCUCCCCAGCCGUCCUACGCCGCCGACGCCAAUGACAGCAAGGCCGAGUACUCAGACGUCCUGGCCAAGCUGGCCUUCCUGAACCGCCAGAGCCAGUGUGCCGGGCGCUGCUCUCCGCCCCGCUGCUGGACACCCAGCGAGCCCGAGUCGGUGCAUCAGGCACCCGACACCCAGAGCAUCUCCCACUUCCUGCAUCGCGUGCAGGGCUUCCGGCGGCGUGGUGGCAAAGCAGGUGGUUUCGGUGGCCGGGGUGGGAGCCACGCGGCCAAGGCAGCCCGAUGCUCCUUCAGUGACUUCUUUGAGGGCAUCGGCAAGAAGAAGAAGGUGGUGGCAGUGGCAGCUGCCGGGGUGGGGGGCCCCGGCCUCACCGAGUUGGGCCAUCCCCGCAAACGGGGCCGUGGGGAGGUGGAUGCCCUCACUGGGAAGCCCAAACGCAAGAGGCGGUCCCGGAAGAAUGGGACUCUGUUCCCAGAGCAGGUGCCCAGUGGCCCCGGCUUUGGGGAGGCAGGCGCCGAAUGGGCCGGGGACAAGGGUGGUGGCUGGGCCCUUCACCACGGGCACCCAGGUGGGCAAGCUGGCCGGAACUGUGGGUUCCAGGGGACUGAGGCCCGGGCCUUUGCCUCUACUGGGCUAGAGAGUGGGACCUCAGGCCGUGGCAGCUACUACAGCACGGGCACGCCUGCGGGCCAGAACGAGCUCAGCCAGGAGCGCCAAAACCUCUUCACUGGCUAUUUUCGCUCCCUGCUCGAUUCGGAUGACUCCUCCGACCUCUUGGACUUUGCCCUUUCAGCCUCACGCCCUGGCCCCGAGUCCCGGAAGACAUCGGGCACCUAUGCGGGGCCCCCAACCAGCGCCCUGCCUGCCCAGCGGGGCCUGGCCACAUUCCCCAGCCGGGGAGCCAAGGCCAGCCCAGUGGCGGUGGGCAGCAGUGGGCCUGGAGCGGACCCCUCCUUUCAGCCUGUCCUGCCUGCUCGCCAGACCUUCCCACCAGGCCGGGCAGGGAGCUACGGGAUAACCCCAGCCACUUCAGAUUGCCGGGCAGCGGAGACCUUUCCGAAGCUGGCUCCUCCGCCUUCAGCUGUGGCCCGCUCACCCACCACCCACCCGCCGGCCAACACCUACACCCCCCAGUACGGUGGCUAUGGGGCUGGACAGAGUGUAUUCGCCCCAGCAAAGCCCUUUACGGGCCAAGACUGUGCUAACAGCAAGGACUGCAGCUUUGCCUAUGGCAGCGGCAACAGCCUGCCCGCCUCGCCCAGCAGUGCCCACAGCGCUGGCUACGCCCCACCGCCUACCGGUGGCCCCUGCCUGCCACCAGGCAAGGCCUCCUUCUUCAACAGCUCUGAGGGGGCUGCCUUCUCUGGUUCAGCCCCCACACCCCUGCGCUGUGACAGCCGGGCCAGCACUGUCUCGCCUGGCGGCUACAUGGUGCCCAAGGGCACCACAGCCUCUGCUGCCUCCUCCUCCUCCUCCUCCUUCCAGCCCUCACCCGAGAACUGUCGGCAGUUUGUGGGGGCUUCUCAGUGGCCUUUCCGGCAGGGCUAUGGAGGCCUGGACUGGGCCUCGGAGGCCUUCAGUCAGCUCUACAAUCCCGGUUUCGACUGCCAUGUCAGCGAGCCCAACGUGAUCCUGGACAUCUCCAACUACACGCCACAGAAGGUGAAGCAGCAGACAGCCAUGUCCGAGACCUUCUCUGAGUCGUCCUCCGACAGCACCCAGUUCAAUCAGCCGGUCGGAGGCGGCUUUAGGCGUGCCAACAGCGAGGCCUCGAGCAGUGAGGGCCAGUCCAGCCUGUCCAGCCUGGAGAAACUCAUGAUGGACUGGAACGAGGCCUCAUCUGCCCCCGGCUACAACUGGAACCAGAGCGUCCUCUUCCAGAGCAGCUCUAAGCCAGGCCGCGGACGGCGGAAGAAGGUCGACCUGUUCGAGGCCUCACAUCUGGGCUUCCCAUCAUCCGCCUCAGCCACUGCCUCAGGCUACCCGUCCAAACGGAGCACAGGGCCCCGGCAGCCACGGGGCGGACGGGGCGGUGGGGCCUGCUCAGCAAAGAAGGAGCGGGGCGGCGCAGCAGCCAAAGCCAAGUUCAUCCCCAAGCCACAGCCGGUCAACCCGCUGUUCCAGGACAGCCCAGACCUCGGCCUGGACUACUACAGUGGGGACAGCAGCAUGUCACCACUGCCCUCGCAGUCAAGGGCCUUUGGUGUGGGUGAGCGAGACCCCUGUGACUUCAUGGGACCUUACUCCAUGAACCCGUCCACGCCAUCUGAUGGCACCUUUGGCCAAGGCUUCCACUGCGACUCGCCCAGCCUGGGUGCCCCCGAGCUGGAUGGCAAGCAUUUCCCACCACUGGCCCACCCGCCCACGGUGUUUGAUGCUGGCCUGCAGAAGGCGUACUCACCCACCUGCUCACCAACACUGGGCUUCAAGGAAGAGCUGCGGCCGCCACCCACAAAGCUGGCUGCCUGUGAGCCCCUCAAGCAUGGGCUCCAGGGGGCCAGCCUAGGCCAUGCGGCUGCAGCCCAGGCCCACCUGAGCUGCCGGGACCUGCCACUGGGCCAACCCCACUACGACUCCCCCAGCUGCAAGGGCACAGCAUAUUGGUACCCGCCAGGCUCAGCUGCACGCAGCCCACCCUAUGAAGGCAAGGUGGGCACAGGGCUGCUAGCUGACUUCCUGGGCAGGACGGAGGCUGCGUGCCUCAGUGCCCCACACCUGGCUAGCCCACCAGCCACACCCAAGGCCGACAAGGAGCCCCUGGAGAUGGGCCGGCCACCUGGUCCACCCCGUGGCCCUGCUGUAGCCGCUGCUGGCUAUGGCUGCCCGCUCCUUAGUGACUUGACCCUGUCCCCUGUGCCAAGGGACUCACUGUUGCCCCUGCAGGAUACCACCUAUAGGUAUCCAGGCUUUAUGCCACAGGCGCAUCCCGGCCUGGGUGGGGGCCCCAAGAGCGGCUUCCUGGGGCCCAUGGCGGAACCUCACCCUGAGGACACAUUCACCGUCACCUCCCUGUAGUGCCAACUGAAGUGCCGACUGGACCUCGAGGUUUUGUUCCUGGCUUUCAGAAAAUCAACGCCAAGACCCCUCCCAGCGUCCACAUCGUCCUCUGGCAGGAGCGCUUGCCCCUCUGCCUCCCGCCCCACCCCACCUGCACCCCCCUGCAGCCCCAU